AUGGAUAAUGAUGAAGACUCUAUGUCGGAAAGUGAGGAUGUGGAAAAAUCGAGGCCUGGUAAUAAAAAGAAAGGAAGACUCAAAAAACGUGCUAAAAUCUCUGAUUUUUGUGAUGAGGAUGCAACAGAGACCGUUGUUACUAGAACAGAUUUAUUGGAAUCAGUUAGUCCUGGUCUGAAAGAUGGAGGGGAGUUGCUACCACCUCCUGGAAAAGAACCAGCCUUUUUACAGCUAUAUAUAUAUGAUACCGCAAAUGAAACAUCUAACCGAAUAGCUGCUUGUGGGAAAACGGGACCGGAUGAUAAAUUGCGAGGGAAGGUUGUUGAGAAAAUAAAAAAUAUGCUAGAUAAACAUAACAAACAUGUGGAUGCAUUACGAAACGUUCGAGAAAGGUUUGAUCCUAAUGAUGAUACAAGCCGGUUAAGGAUAAUUUUAAAGUGUGACAGGAAAAGCGAUGGAAGGACUGAGAAUCUACCAGCUACUAAUGAAGUUGCUGCAUUGAUACCUAAUGAUUUCAAUGGUCAGGUAGAUGCACGUGAUAUCAUCAUCGAGUGUAAAAAGACUGGGAAUCUCAAAAGGAUCAGUGAACUACAUCCUGUGUAUCUGCCUUUGCAAUAUCCAUUAUUGUUUCCCUAUGGUGAGGACGGGUUCAGACUUGGUAUCGAUAUUGGUUUUGUAGAUACCCAAGGGAGGAAAAGGUUGCAUAUUACUAUGAAAGAGUUUUUUGCUUACCGCAUACAAGAGAGGGUUGGUGAGUCACCAAUCAUCCCUUUAUCUGGAAGAUUGUUCCAGCAGUUUUUAGUGGAUGCGUACACGAUGAUUGAGACUAAUAGACUACGUUUCAUAUCAAUGAAUCAGUCUAAACUUCGUUUCAAAAAUUAUGACAAAAUAAAAAAAACUGUUGAUGAAGGUGACACUGAUCUUUUUGACAAGGGUAAACGUAUUAUUAUACCUUCUUCUUAUGCUGGUGGUACAAGGUAUAUGGUGCAACAUUAUCUAGAUGCGAUGACUACUUGCCAGCAUUUUGGUUUUCCGGAUCUUUUCAUAACCUUUACGUGUAAUCCCAAAUGGCCUGAGAUUACCAGGCACCUAAAAAGACAUAACUUGAAGCAAGAGGAUAGACCAGAUAUAUGUACGCGAGUGUUCAAGAUGAAACUAGAUGAUCUCAUGCACAGGCUCACCAAGGAAAAUGUGUUAGGUGUCGUAAAAGCCGAAGCUGGUCACAAGCUACCAGCUGGUGAUGACAUUGAUAAGAUAAUAUGUGCUGAGAUUCCUGACAAGGAUAUUGAUCCAGCGUUGUAUGAGAUAGUAGGAGAUUUCAUGAUGCAUGGACCAUGUGGUGCUUUGAAUAAGGAUAGUGUUUGCAUGGCUGAAGGAAAAUGUACAAAGUAUUUUCCAAAACCUUACAGUUCGAUCACUAAAAUAGAUGAUGUUGGAUAUCCUAUAUACAGGCGACGUAAUGACAAGAAAGUUAUCGUUAAAAAGGGUAUUGAAUGUGAUCAUGGAUUUGUGGUUCCUUAUAAUAGGAGUCUCACACUGCUUUAUAGGGCUCAUAUCAACGUCGAAUGGUGUGUACAAUCUCGAUCAGUAAAGUAUCUAUUCAAAUAUAUUCAUAAAGGUGCUGACUACAUUCGUGCAACUGUCAAGAAUGAUGAUAAGGAAAACGAGAUUAAGAAACACUUCAAUUGUAGGUAUGUAGCACCUUCGGAGUCUACGUGGAGAAUUUUCCGUAAUCAUACUCACCAUCGCACCGUUUCUGUAAUUAAACUACCCUUUCAUUUACCGAAUCAGCAAAUGGUCAUAUACAACGAGGAUGAUCCAGGUGACGAGGUUAUUAAUCGUGUCUUAGUUGGUACGUCAAAAUUCAUUGCUUGGAUGGAGUGCAACGAUAUGUAUGAAUUGGCGAGGACGUUAACUUAUGCGCAAUUUCCUACGAGAUUUGUGUGGAAUAACACAAAGAGAAUAUGGACGCCACGAUCAAGGAGAGUUGCUCUUGGUAGAAUCACGUACGUACCCAUUGGGGCAGGUGAAGCGUAUUAUUUAAGGCUUCUGCUUAAUUUAGUCAAAGGACCACGUAGUUUUGAUGAUAUAAAAACGGUCAACAAAGUUCUACAUUCUUCGUUCAAAGACGCUUGCUAUGCGUAUGGAUUAUUGAAUGAUGACAAAGAAUAUAUUGAGGCCAUCAAUGAGGGCGGCUUGUGGCUUUCUGCCAGUUAUCUCCGUCGUCUUUUUGUGAUCCUGCUCACUACUCAAAGUAUAUCCAUUCCUUCUAGAGUUUGGGAUGCUACAUGGCAGGUAUUAUCAGAUGACAUCAUAUAUAAUUACAGAAAAGCUGCCAGGGAUCAAACUGUUAGUCUAUCUCAGGAGCAAGUUAAAGACUUUACUCUGGUCGAAAUAGAACUUCUUUUACGUGUAAGUGGGAGAUCCUUAAAAGAAUUCACACCUAUGUGGUUUCCUGAAGAUAUUACUCUGGAGUCACGUGAUAAUCCUCUUAUUCGGGAUGAGAGGAAUUACAAUCGUGAAACUCUUAGAGUAAGAAACGAGCAGAUGUUAGCCACUGUAACCAGUGAACAGAGAAGUGUUUAUGAUGAGAUACUAGAAGCAGUUAAUAAGAACAGAGGAGGUAUGUUCUUUGUUUAUGGUUCUGGAGGUACUGGUAAAACUUAUUUGUGGAGUCUAUUAGGAUCUGCUCUACGUUCCCAAGGUGAUGUUGUUCUCAAGGUUGCAUCGAGCGGGAUUGCUGCGUUGUUAUUAGAAGGAGGCCGAACUGCGCAUUCAAGAUUUGCAAUCCCUAUUGUGGUUAAUAAGUUUACCUUCUGUUCAAUCAAGAAGGAGUUGAAUCUUGCCGACCUGAUAAGGAUUGCUAAACUCAUUAUAUGGGACGAGGCGUUGAUGAUGAGUAAAGACUGUUUCGAGACUCUAGAUAGAACGAUGCGUGAUAUAUUAGAAGUUGAUAAGCCCUUUGGUGAUAAGGUCAUUGUUUUAGGAGGGGAUUUUAGGCAAAUAUUGCCAGUGAUUCCAAAUGCCGGGAAGACAGAGAUACUUAUGGCCACUUUGAAUUCGUCACCUCUGUGGUACAAAUGUAGAGUGUUGAGACUUACACAGAACAUGCGACUUAUAGCUGGAGAUAAUAGUCGUGCGAUGCUUGAACGAGCUGCCUUUACAAAGUGGAUCUUAGACAUUGGUGAUGGUACGAUAAAUGACGAUGGUAGUGGUGAAGCCGUGAUUGAUAUUCCUGAUGAUCUGUUGAUUAAAGACUGUAAAGAUCCUAUAAAAACGAUCGUCAAAGAAAAAUAUGGGAGUUCGUUUUCGAAAGAGACUGAUCCUAAAUUUUUCCAAGACCGUGUCAUACUGAGUCCAAUAACCGAUGAUGUAGAUACGAUAAAUGAUUAUAUGCUUUCAAAGUUAUCGGGUGUUGAAAGGACCUAUCUUAGCUGUGAUAGCAUUGAUACGACUGAAGAAGUUGUUAAUUACAAUGAUGCAUCUGAAGUACCCUCAGAGAGUGUAGCCAGUAAGAAUAAAGGUGAUUCCAACAAUAUGAUUUAUACCGAAGAGUUUUUAACUAGUAUCAAGAUGUCUGGUUUCCCUAAUCAUGUCCUGAAGUUGAGAGAGGGUACUCCUGUAAUGCUUUUAAGAAAUAUCGACCCUAAGAAUGGGUUGUGUAAUGGCACAAGACUCAUCAUUAUUAAGAUGGCUAAUUAUGUUCUCCAGGCUCAGAUAAUAACAGGUAGCAAGGUUGGUGAAAAGGUACUGAUUCCUAGGAUAUUCCUCUCUCCUUCGGAGAUGAAACUUCCUUUCAGGAUGAGACGCAAGCAGUUUCUUAUCACAUUAGCUUUUGCAAUGACUAUAAACAAAAUCCAAGGACAGACACUCGAAAAGGUUGGUUUGUAUCUUCCAAGACCGGUUUUUACUCAUGGGCAACUCUAUGUCGCUGUAUCGAGGGUUACAUCAAGAGAAGGUUUGAAGAUAUUGAUCACCGAUAAAGACAACAAACCACAAAACAAAACAUUGAAUGUCGUCUACAAGGAGGUUUUUGACAAGAUAUGA